AUGACCAGGUCUUACACUCUCACAACGUUCCUACAAGUCAUGUACUGGAAUUUGAAGGAUGCCACACUGAAAGAGCUCAUGAGUCUAGUCAAGGAAGUAAACCCAGAUGCAAGACGUAAAGGCACAGUGUUUGACUUUGCCAUUGUAUUUCCAGACGCUCGUCGUGGUGGGUUCAUAAUGAAAGAAAUUGGUUCAACUGCAGCAGGACGCAAGGGGACAGAUGAUACUAUUACUCUAGAAUCCAAAAAGUUUCAAAUAGGAGAUUUCAUUGAUGUUGCUAUUCAGUCUCCAAGAAUUGGAAGGAGAGAUAGGCCUUACUAA